AACAAACCAUCGAUCAAGUCACGUGACAAAAACGCGGCAGUGCAAUGACAAUGACAUCAUACUGUAUAGUUUUGCCUUCUUGGAAUUGUGCCAAUUGUUCAUUUAUCAUUUCAAAUGGCAGAGUGACAAUCGUGUAAGAGAAAUGUCCCACGUCUAACAGAUGGUAUAUGAACAUAAAAUGAAUUUCGUCAGGCUCCGAAUGUACAGCUCUCCAAUUCAUGAUAUAAUGGCUCACCUUUCAGCAACGUAAAGAACAAGCAAGCGUAACUGGACACUAGAUAUGGCGGAGGAAGGUAUGUCAAUCAACGUCACCGGGAACCAAGGAACUGCCCACAGCGUGUACGCCAUCGGAAUCCACCAAGGGCCCCUCAACGUCAAUCAUUCCAGGGAUGAAGAGAGACUUUGUGAUUUAAGAGACCAAACUAGGAAAGACAUUGCUAUCUGGACUAGAGGAAUGGUUAGAGUGUCUGCCAUUGAAACAACCAUAGAGAAGUUUCAAAAAGGCCAUCGAUGGGUGACUGUGACAGGAAAUGCUGGAGAUGGGAAGACAACUCUUGCUUAUAUGGUGCUGAAGCAUCUACAGGAUGAGGGGAAGGAAGUGUUCAAGGUUGAUACUCCUGAGGACUUCUUCCUCAUCUGCAGGAGGACUCCUGACAGUGUCGUCUUGAUGAAUGAUGUGUUUGGUGCUUUCGAUUUCGAUCAAAGAGCUCUCAGCACUUGGCUGCCCCUGAUCCAAACAAUUUUAGAACGACAGGCGAAGGACACUGUCAACGAAGCUGUUCCAAGUGUUAUAUUUGUGAGCAGGCUAAAUGUAUUAGAAGCUGCAAGAAAUCAACUGGGAAAAUAUGGAGAGGAUGAAAUAGUUAAUCCGGGUAAGCUGAACUCAGAUGGGGAGAAAGUUGAGAUAUUAAACUUUCAUCUAGCCAGACAUAAUAUAAGCGACAUUCCAGAGAGCACAAAGGAGAAACUCUGCAGUAGGAGUCCGCAUGGAUUUCCUCAUUGCUGUGAGAUGUACGUUGAACUGCGAGCCAGUGAACAUGCAGUUGAUAUUCUCAAGUUCUUUUCGUCACCUCUCAAGUUCCUCAAUUACACAACACAGGUUUUGGUGGAUAAAGAGAAGUAUUAUGACCAUUUUAAAAUACUUCUGAAAGCAGGUGGACAAUUGGAUAUCUCAAGACUUAGAGAUGCAACACUGAGGACAGAGAUGCAAAGCACUGCUUCUAGUUUAUUGGGAAGCUAUCUUAAAACUAAAGGAAUUGGUGUUGCCUUCUCUCACCCUUCCAUCUAUGAGAGUGUGGCAGUAGCAGUUGGAAACAAAGACCCUCUCUUUGCUGCACAAGAGUUUCCUAUUUCACUCAUCAUGCAAAAAUGUAAGAUGCAGUUGCCUCGGAAAUCGGGAAAUAAUUUGAACAUCGUCUUCAAGGUAUCAUCCUCAGCUAUGAAUGCACUUGUGCAGAGGUUGGCAACAGAAAUACGUCACGGAAACUACACCGUGAUACAACACGAGUUGUUCUGGGAAAAGAAGAUCUGUGAAAAACUAAUAGAGUUCAGCGUCCGCAGAUCAACCCCGUUCUUUAGUAAUGUCGGGAAGCGUGUUGGUAUCAACCAGAGGGACAGUAGUGGACAAACGCUGUUGCAUGCAGCUGUGAAGUGCAGUAACGUCACUGCUAUUGAGAUGCUCCUGAGGAGAGGGGCAAAUCCUUAUAGUCCUGUCACACCCGAUACUCAACUGACAAUACUGCACGAAAUUAUCCUAACUCGGCAAACACAUACCCUUGAGCUGUUUUUACAACAUGGCGCUGAUGUUGACCUCGCAACUGAUGACGGUGUCACACUCCUUCACAGCGCCAUCGAGUGGUUAGGAAGUGCACGAGCUAUUGAUAUAGUUGCAUUGCUAAGGUGAACAAGGCUGAUGGAACUUUUUGGUUAGGUUUUAGCCGUAAAGUCCUGACCUAUUCUGGGGAGUAUAACCAGCAUGAAGAUUCCAGGGUUUCAUUUGGAAAGACUGCUCUUCAUUAUGCGUGUCAGAGUCAAUACAUUGAUGUGAAUCUUGUUCGUCUGUUGGUUAAUUAUGGAGCAAAUGUCAGAAAGGUUGAUGAGAAUGGUGAGACAGCUUUGCACUAUCUAUGUCGAAAAGAAGAUCGAGAUGACGGGAUUGAAAUAGCUGGUUGGAUACGCGCCCUUUUAUAUGAAUCGCUAUCUCUGGUCAGAACGAACCAAAGGGAUACUGUCUUCAAGGCUGACAACGAGGACACGUUAGUGGACCAUCUGUGUCAGAAAUAUGGAAUCGAUGAAGAGGAACUAAAACGUGCUUAUGAGGCUGGAUACCAGGGGGCAGAGACCGAAGAGACCAAGGCUAUCACAAUGCUGAUCACAAGGGGGGUAAAAGUUUAUCAGAGGAAUAAGCAUGGGCAGAUAGCCUUGA